AUGUCUACUAGUAUUGGUUCACAGGUACGAAGGGUGGCUACUUCUGUGGACCCGAUUGUCGCAGAUUACGCUGUUGGAUAUUUCAACCACUUGUCAAGCAUUACUUUUGAUGCAGUGCAGAGUAAAGUGAUAGAUCUGCCUUCUGAGGUUAGUUUCGUCUCAUCUUUACUGGUAGAUGCUGGCGCUCCAAAGGAAAAGGUUGAAGAAUUGUCUAAUGAUCUUUUGGAAAAGCUGACUAUACAACUGAAAGAAAACCAAGCCAAAUUAGAAGUGACUGGCGACACCUCUAAGCGGUUGUUGGACAUCAAUGUUUUGCAAACACACAAUAGCAAGGCUAAUAUCAAUACCUCGCUGAAUAUGUUGGGAGUGAACAAUGAUAUUGAGCACACAGGAAGAAAGAUGGAUACCAGGGUCGAUCUAAAAAAAUUGGCUAAAGCUGAGCAAAAAAUUGCCAAGAAAGUUGCCAAGAGAAAUAACAAGUUUGUCAAAUAUGAGGCAUCGAAGCUCAUCGACCAAAAGAAGGAGGAAGAUUAUGACUCGUUUUUCUUGAAGAUUAAUCCAUUGGAUUUUGGUUCGGCAGCUGGUAAGUCAAAGGAUAUCCACAUCGAUACAUUUGAUCUGUACGUCGGUGACGGCCAAAGAAUUCUUUCCGACGCUCAAUUGACCCUAAGUUUUGGCCGUCGUUACGGUUUGGUUGGUCAGAACGGUAUUGGUAAAUCAACGCUACUACGGGCUUUGGCAAGAAGAGAGUUGAAUGUCCCAAAACACAUUUCCAUCCUGCACGUUGAACAGGAGCUGAGAGGUGACGAAAAUACUGCACUGCAAAGUGUCUUAGAUGCUGAUGUCUGGAGAAAACAGCUAUUGGGCGAGGAGGCAAAGAUUAAUGAAAGAAUACAAGAGAUAGAAAAGCUGAGAACGGAAUUUGAGGAAGAAAGUCUUGAAGUAAAGAAACUGGAUAACGAGCGUGAAGAUCUCGAAAAUCACUUGAACCAAAUUUCCGAGAAAUUGGUGGACAUGGAAUCUGAUAAGGCAGAAGCUAGAGCUGCUUCGAUCCUAUUUGGUUUAGGUUUCAGUGCAGAGGCUCAAGGGAAGGCUACAAACUCCUUCUCCGGUGGUUGGAGAAUGAGACUUUCUCUGGCAAGGGCAUUGUUCUGUCAACCAGAUCUGCUAUUGCUGGAUGAACCAUCCAAUAUGUUGGACGUGCCCUCUAUUGCCUACCUGUCAGAGUAUUUGAAAACUUAUCCAGCUACAGUCCUGGUUGUUUCCCACGAUCGUGCAUUCUUGAAUGAAGUCGCAACGGAUAUAAUAUAUCAACACAACGAAAGGCUUGAUUACUACAGAGGACAGGAUUUCGACACAUUCUAUGCCACCAAGGAGGAGAGGCGGAAGAAUGCCCAAAGAGAAUAUGACAACCAAAUGGCAUACCGAAAACACAUGCAAGAAUUUAUCGAUAAAUACAGAUACAACGCUGCAAAAUCGCAAGAAGCUCAAUCUAGGAUUAAGAAAUUGGAAAAGCUGCCGGUUUUGGAGCCUCCAGAGCAGGAAAAAAGCAUCAAUUUCAAGUUUCCAGAUUGCGAAAAGCUAUCACCGCCCAUCAUCCAACUGCAGGAUGUUUCAUUCGGCUACAAUGAACAUGAUUUAUUGUUAAAGGAUGUUAACCUCGAUCUUCAAAUGGACUCACGUAUCGCAUUGGUCGGUGCUAACGGUUGUGGUAAGACAACUUUACUGAAGGUGAUGAUGGAACAAUUAAGACCUUUGAAAGGUUACGUCUCCAGAAACCCAAGGUUACGUAUUGCAUACUUCACCCAGCACCAUGUCGAUUCUAUGGACUUAGGUACUUCUGCAGUAGACUGGAUGUCCAAGACGUUCCCUGGUAAGUCGGAUGAAGAGUACAGACGCCAUCUCGGUUCUUUUGGUAUCACCGGAUCUCUAGGUCUACAAAAGAUGCAACUGCUAUCAGGUGGGCAAAAAUCCCGUGUCGCUUUUGCCGCCUUGUGUUUGAACAAUCCUCAUGUCCUGAUUUUGGAUGAGCCUUCCAACCAUCUGGACACUAACGGUAUCGAUGCCCUUGUCGAUGCAUUGAAGAAUUUUACGGGAGGUGUGCUGAUGGUAUCACACGAUAUCUCCGUUAUCGACAAUGUAUGCAACGAAAUUUGGGUGUCGGAGAAUGGUACCACGAGAAGGUUUGAAGGAUCAAUUCACGACUACAAGAAAUAUAUCCUAGAAUCUGCAGAUAAUACAGGUGUUGUGAAACGGCAUUAG